AUGAAUAAAUUCAAGAAAAAGGUCCUUAGAGUGGUAGCAGAUAAUUUGCCAGAUGAUCAAGUAGAUGGGAUAAAACAAAUGUUCCAAAUGAUGGACACAGAUAAAAAUGGAAACUUGAAUUUUCAAGAAUUGAAAGAUGGUCUCUAUAUGAUCGGUCAACCGGUUGCCGAUCAUGACGUACAAUUACUACUCGAUGCUGCCGACUGCGAUGGAAACGGGAUGCUAAAUUGCGAAGAGUUUGUGACGUUGGCCGUGCACUUGAAGAAAAUAAACAACGAAGAACUGUUACACGAAGCGUUUUUGUACUUCGACAAGAACAACAGCGGAUACAUUGAGUUCGAGGAGUUGCAACAAUCUUUGCUAGAUGACCAUUUUGGCCCUACCAAUGACCAAGUUGUGCAAGACAUUAUUUUCGAUGCCGACCUCGAUAAGGAUGGGAGAAUAAGUUUUGCAGAAUUCAAAGCGAUGAUGAAAACAGGGAUGGAUUGGAAGAUGGGUUCAAGACAAUAUUCUAGGGCCAUGCUUAAUGCUCUUAGUGUCAGGCUCUUUCAAGGACACAAUUUACAAUUUAAUAUCUAA